AUGAAACGAGUGUACUACAAUCCCGAAGAUCCUGCAUCAUACGGUGGUGUCACACGUCUAUUACAUGCGAUACGCGAGAAGGAGGGGAAAGUUAAGAAGAAGAAGAAGAGGACAAAACGGCAAACAGUGCUGGACUGGUUACGGACACAAGACACUUACACGUUGCACAGACCGGUGCGUCAACGAUUCGCCCGCAACCGUUACGUGGUAUUCGGUCCUGACGAACUGUGGCAAGCGGAUUUGAAUGAUAUGCGCGGUCUGAGCUCGUUCAACGAUGGAGUCAACUAUCUGCUGACAGUGAUAGAUGUGUUCAGUAAACGACUUUACGUGAUAGCGUUGAAAACAAAAAGCGGCAAAGAAGUGGCCGACGCAUUCGAGAAAAUAUUUAAAAAACCCUCUGUCACGGUACCGCGCUGUCUACAGACGGACAAGGGAACUGAGUUCACCGGCGUCAAGGUAAAACAGUUGUUCAGAAAAUACGACGUUAGAUAUGUUACAACACAGAACCCUGACGUGAAAGCGGCGGUCGUGGAACGUGUGAACCGCACUUUGAAAUCACGCAUGUGGCGUUAUCUUACGUAUAAAAACACGUACCGUUACAUCGAUGUGCUACAACAACUGGUGAACGCCUACAAUCACAGUGCGCACAGCAGUCUGGGUACUACUGCUGACGGCAGAGGUGUACGUCCGAUUGAUGUGAAAAAAGAAGGUAAGAAACUCGUAUAUCGAGUGUGGCGACACAUGUACAGUAGUGGCAGCGGCAUCAAGACUAAAUUACCUAAGCGUAGAAAGGCAAAAUUUGGGGCGGGCGAUACGGUACGUAUUGCAAAGGAAAAAAAUAUUUUUGCCAAAGGAUACGAGACGAACUGGAGUAAAGAAGUGUUCGUGGUGGACCGCGAGUACGGUCAUCAUCCGUUACCGUUGUACGUGUUGCACGAUUUGAACGGAUCACCGUUGAUUGGUCGUUUCUACGAAGAAGAAUUGCAAAAAGUCACCUUGCCACCAGACCGACUGUACGAAAUCGAUAAAAUAUUGGACACUAAAGGCAGUGGCCGCAGUAAGCAUUAUCUCGUCAAGUGGAAAGGUUACGGUGACGAGUUCAACUCUUGGAUACCAGCGUCAGAAGUGAAAAAAUUAUAA